UUACUUCCAAAGCAAACUUCAGUUUUAUUCUAUUUCCCGACAGUCGCGCUGAAGUUGUAGCUCCAAACUUAGGCACGCUAAGUUGAAUGGCCAAUCUUUGGAGCGUAGCUCGAAAAUGGUUCCUGAAACAGAAUCCGCGGCGCAAUGUAACACCCCGCAAAAUUAGUACAGUCUUAGAGAUUCUACAGAACCAAGAAGAGGCUAAAGAUCACGUUUAUUAUGAUGCCUUAAGAAGAAUUUCAGCCUCCAAGGUUAGUUGGUUGACAAUUUAAUUCCUUGCGAAACUUGCUUUUGUUUGUUCCUGUUGUAAAAACGGUCGUGGUUUGUUUUUCGGAUGGAAUUAAUCGCCGACUCCAUAUUUUAUUUGCUUCAAGUGCGAAUAAAGAUUUCUUCGGAAGAAAAACUUGCCAGCGAGUUUGCUUUCGUUAUUGAUGAGUUCGGCCGGUGUGAACAGACACCAACUUUGAAUUCACGAUACUGAAUUGAACUUAGUUAAGUUCAGAAAAGUUCUCUACGACGUUGGAGACGGUGUUGUGACUGCUGAGUUCCUCUGGACUGACAGCCAGCCAUAUCGAAACAGCGUUUGAUUUACAUUCUUUUCUCAGUGUCAUAAGGUGCAGUGCACAGGCUGACUACACAACGCGAAGAUUUUGAGAAGCGGCCCUUAAUUUUCAAACGAAGCUUCAUGGCUUGCUCUUCUAGCAGGACCGUGUUAGUCCCUUCUUGAAAUUACAAGGUGCGACAAGACAUAAAGAGAUGUAAUAUAACUCGUUGAUUGUGCGCUUUUAUAACUUCAGUCGUAUCUGUGUACCUCUGUCUUUGGAUGCUAGUACUAAUUACAGCACAAAAUCUAAAGCCGCUCGGGUGAAUCAAACCUUUUUUAUUUUUUCUUUGUAAGAUUUUGAGCUUCAGUUAGGAUGUUUUUGUUUUCUCCGGUAAAGAAAUUAUAGACAAAAGCAUAAGUAUUCCGUUGUGUUCGUGGAUCAAUUCAGACGUCAAACUCUUAUUGAAUAAUUAUUUUUCGACCGUUGUUUGUUUGAUCCAAGGCAAUCAUGCAGUAAAGGUCAUUUGAAUUAAAUGUCAAAGUUUUGUUAUAAGCGCAACGUGGAUCCAAUUCCUCCCUAGUCUUUGUCGUGUGGGUUUCUUAUGUCCUGUAGUAUUAGUAAAAUAUCCUAAGCAGAAAAAGUAAUUUUAAUCCCGGCAGAUUUUUAAAUUAGCGCUUAUUUGUUAAUGUGUGCUGUUUACUUUAGAAUUCGUACGAAAUUGGAUUUUAUGCCAAAAUUGAGAACCAGGGGAUGGAGGUGUAAUUGAAAAAUCGGCUUUUAAUUUUGACAGUGUGCUGAUAACAGCCUGACACUUCAGUGCGUUUUAGUGGUCUUUGUCAGGUGAAUACAACAGAAUGAGCAGUGAUGUCUCCAAUCGGCUCGUUCACACGUAAUUGAGUAUAUUUCUGGCACAUUCUAAACACUUUGCUCUCAUAGUUUUCGUAACUGAAUAUGACAGGAAAAACAUUCAUGUGUCCAGCUUGUUCGCGUAUAGUUUACUGAAGUUUUUCCGCAUCUUAGACACUUGGAGAAUUACAUUUGCAUGUGCGCUGUCGCAACACACUAAACAAUGAGACAGAUCUGACGGAAAAUAUCGACAGGCAGUGAACAAUCUUCUUAACUCACUGAAUUCUUCUGUUGCGGAGUGAAUGUUGUCAAGUCUUAGGUCACUGGCAUGUUGAGCUUACGUAGCCCUUGAAACUGCUAGUUAAUGUUCCACCGUUCCCCAAUAUGAGGACUACCAAUUGAAAGUUCCCUUUUUAAAUUUAUCCUCUGAUUCUUGAGUUGUUGAUUGCAAUUUUCUUUUAUUGGUGUGAAACAUUUCCAGGUAGAUUCGUGAAGAGAAUUUUUAGCCAUAUCAGGAUAUCACCGAAUCAUUUAUUUGAUAACUCAGUUUUAUAUUCUCAUUAAAAGUUUGCUAGGAACUGUAUUAGUACUUAAGGGAGAAGCGUCAUGUUAAUUGCUUUUGUAGCUAAGGAGUAAAUAGCGACGUGACAAUAAUUUCUCGAGCUCUUAACCUUUUGUUCACCAGUGACGCAUUUUUAUUAUUAAUGUUUUUAUUUUUUCGUUCUUUUCUUUCCGGUGAAACUUCAAGGAUGAAAAACCUACGUAAGUAGAAGUAUGUUUGAACUACGGAGAGCACUGCUUUCCUUCUAAAGCAUUAACUUCUUCUGGCAUUACUUGCUCUGUUUGUCAACUUCCUAUAGGAGGGUGUUGGGAAUGCGCGUGGGCUUAGUUUUAUUAAGUGAUUUAAAAUAAACGAAAAUUUGUGUUGUGGCUGCUUGAAUACUUGUAUAUGUUAACGUUACAUGAUUAUGCGCGAACGUUACGUUUUUCAGUGUAGGCGUUGGAUAGGUUUUUUGUUGGUGCUCGAGAAAAAAUCUAAGCACCGUGCCUAGGCACGGGCACUUCCCCAGGGGUAGUACUCUGACACCUUUACCAUGCAUGCUAACUUGUCUAAACACGGUUUCGCCAGUACCCGUGCUGUUUGCCAUGCUUCCUUGCCAUGCAGUCACUAAAAUUACUGACUUCAAAAACGACGUUUAACACCUAGCUUCGCUUCCACAUGAGUGUGAACAUGCUCGUUCCAGGGUACCAGGUUGGCUGGACAACGUCUAUUAAGGUGCUCGGGCAAGGUGUCGCGGAAUAUGCAUCCAGUCUGAACGGGGCGUUAGCUACUUGUGCUUACAUGCAAGCCUACUUCUUUGCCUUGAUUUGAUGACAAGUCUACAUACAUUUAUAAAUUUACUUAUAUAUUUAGAAAUGGUUGCGCUAAAACCAACUCCUUACAAGAAAUCCAGGAGGAAUACAAAGAGCAAGCACCACUCGUUAGUAGGAGAUCUCUAGUCAACAAAUACCUUCUUUCAAUUCGAGAGCCUAUCGGAAAGGUAUGACAGCCAUGUGCGGUUAAUGAUACGGUUAAUCCCACUGUAAGCAUUCCCUUUCUUUUGAGUGCGGCUAUUCGAGGCUUUUCCUUGGCCAUUUAAGCAUGUUGAUAUCGGGAUCAAUGCUGCGGAUUUUCAUCGUGAUGAAUUCACUUGCAGUGGACUCGUGUAGUUUGUCUCACGAUGUAGUCUCUUUCGUUGUAAAUCCCGACGUUUUCUUUGCAUACUACUUGCCUUCUUCGCCUGAAAAAAACUAUCAGAGUGCACGUGUGAUGCACGUCGAAAGUGACUACAUCGUGAGACAAACUACUCUACUUCACUACUUUUUCAGCCUGGGUAGUGUCUUUGAUAGAUUUUUACAAUUUCCAAAGAAGUUUUCUAGUUUUGUUUUCCGCAAACUAACAUGCCAAUUAUUGAAAAGAGGAAACUUGUCAAAGAAAACUAGACCACAACUGAGUUGACAAGCUCAGCAAUGAAGUGUACAAGGCCAGUUCUACUCUAGUGGGUCUUCCUUGACUGAUGUCGUUGGUGAGUGUCACUUUCUGAUGUGUAUGUGCCGAGGGAGACUUGCUGGAGGAAGAGCAGUGAACACAAAAACAACAACACCAACAAAACGCAGUUUUUGCGCAUGAUGCGGAGGUAAAAACUGACGUGAGUCUUGAGACUUUCAAAAACACAUCUCUUUAAAUUUAUCAGUAACUUUUGUUUAGGAUUGUAGGAUUAUUAAUUCUUCUCUUAUUUUCACAACUGCAGGUUUUUCGAUCUGAACGACUUGUUGUUGAUCCAGAGGAUGACAUCUACUACAUAUGGAUGGUACAUAAAAUCCCUUCAAGUUGAAUAUUAAAAUCAAUACACCACACAAAUUCGCAUAAUUUCUCUUUCUAACCUAAAAAGAGUGCUUUGAGCUAGUCAGAUUUAGCGGCGAACCAUUUUCGCUCCUCAUGUACGAUUAUUUAUCGACAUUCCUUUUAUUGUUUAUCAGAAUUUGCCUUUUAAGACUGAAGAAAUUCUUUUGUUUCCUGCAGGGUGUAAUUGCAGCUACGGUCAUCUACAACUUUUGUACCGUCAUUCUUAGAAUCGCUUUCACAGAAUCAUCGGAAGAGGUAGGAGUGAUGUGUUGAAAUGGGGCGUUGGAAAUACGUCCUCAGCUCUUCUUCUUUUGACUUGUCUUCUUUUUACACAGAUUUCACCCGUUAACUCUUAGGUGUUUUUAUCUUGACCAGCGUAUCAUUUAGAGGGUGUUGUCUUCAUGCAAUCCCAAUUGCAUCAGACCUAAAACGUUUUUUAACGGGAACGUUUUUCUUGUUUAGUCUCUCUCUAGACUCCUUUUCUGGUGGGGAGAUGUUUUUGCAGACGGAUUGUAUGCCUGUGACGUGUGCGUGCAACUAAGAACUGCUUAUCGAGAUGAUCAGGGAAUUAUGGUACAUGGUGUUCUCUUGUCUUCACUGUAUUUAGUCGCCAAAGAGAGUUUCAAUUAAUUCCCAUGACUUGAUUUCCUUUUUAAUAGAUUGAUGUUCUGAUGACUUCAAAGAGUUGACUUCUCCGGUUAUAUGAGUUCGUCAGACAUUUGAACCCUCACGUGGACUAUUAUACUCCAAAUCCCUUUGACUUCAUCACUCCAUUCCAUCUCCCUUUCCUCUUCUUUCUUUGAAGGUUAAGGAUCCUGUACAAUUAUCAGAGACGUAUACAAAGAAGAGACGAUUUAAAGUUGAUAUUAUUUGCCUUCUACCCCUGGAAACAGUUUCCCGUGUGAUAUUUUGUGAGUACAGACAUAAUUUAGGCUCCACCAUUACUUUCUUUUAAAGCUGUAACGGGAUCUUUGUCGUUCGCAUUAAAAUCAGACCUCAAGGUUUCUUGAAAAGGCAAUGACACAUUUUCUCAGGGUUUAUAAAGUGAUCGCGGGUUUUUGGGAUAAAAUGAGGAGGAAAGCCUGUUGAUCGAGAGCCAUGGGUAAUUUUCUCGGGCACAAGACACGCUACACUCUCUAAUUUUCAACAAGACACGACACACUCUCUAAUUUUCUCCGGCACAAGACACGCUACACUCUCCACCAAGGAGUAUAAAUAGGUACCGUGGAACAGUCCGGUGAACCCGAAAACUGCAGGGUCGGGAGGGAGGGGCCAAAGCUGCGAUGUACUAGCAUCCUUACUAGGGAAAAUGGCAAGAUUUCUGUUUUAUUUUUUUUUGUCUUUCCAUGUCUUCGAAACUUUUACCUUGAAUGGGGCACUGAACUUGUUCUUGUCUCUUCUUUAUGGUUUUUUAUUUUUUUUUAUUUUUAUUUUUUUAUUUUUUUUUGUCUUUCCAUGUCUUCGAAACUUUUACCUUGAAUGGGGCACUGAACUUGUUCAUGUCUCUUCUUUUUGGUUUUUUAUUUUUUUUCUCUCUCUCUCUUUACGUCUAGUUCCCUGUCAUUUUUCGCUGUUCCGAUUAUCCAGACUUCUCAAAUGGCAUUCAGUAGAAACAUUUUUCCUUAUGAGUGACUAUCGAACCAGUAAACCAAAUCGCCUGCGGGCUUCCAAACUGAUUCUGUACUUGAGUGUGGCCAUGCAUUGGGUUGCUUGCUUAUACUACGCCAUCUCUGAGUAUGAAGGACUGGGGACUAAUGACUGGGUGUACACAGAAACCGUGAAAGGCGGUGAUCCACUCUCCAGGUCAGUGGUUUAUGCAAUAAAAAGUUAACUCCGAGGCAAUUAUAUUUUCAGGAAUAAAGUACUCUGAACGUCUUAGCCAGGUAUCAUAUAUAAGGGUUGCAAUAACUUUUUCUACAAGCGACUGCCGAUGGUGUGAUAGACGGAUGUGCUCGUAAAAGGGGCUGUAAGGCCCCUCUCUCUGAGGGGGAUCUGGGGGCAUGUUACCCCAAGAAAAAGAUUAAACCUAGUGCAUUUCGUUAUCUGGUAACUGAGUCGAAUGGCGAAAGAUAAUGAACGCUUGUGACAUCACUGAUCCCAGCAGAAGGCGGUAUGGAUGUUACUAAUUACAAUAUAGAGAGGCGUACACAUCUGACUGAUUUGAGUAACGGAAGAUAAAGGACGCUUUCCAUAUUGCUGAUCAUAGCAGUCAAGAAAAAAAAUAUAAAACAAAACAAAACAAAAACAACAAAAAGAGAAGACAAAAAACUUAAUAUUUAAGCUCAGACUCAUCGUGAAUCAACGACGUUAGUUCUACCAAAACGUAAAACAUUUCACUUGUACCCAAAAAAUGUAAUCAAUUCUUUUUGAGAACCCAAAUAAUGUGUUCCACCGUGGAUUUUGCUUCCAAAGAAACUGUGACAGAACUGUGUAUCGACAUUUAGUAUUUUAUGCAUCUGACAGGAAGUACGUGAAAUCCUUUUAUUGGUCUGUCCUUACUUUGAUGACAAUUGGAGAAACGCCAAGUCCCCAGACAAAUCUUGUAAGUAAAUCAUAGACAAAUGUCAUUGACUGGGCCUCGAGGUAGUCCGGUUCAUAACAACAAAGAGGGGAAUUUGGAAAAUUUCCAGCUUUUCUAACCUCGCGGAUCGUCAAUGCUACAUAUAUCUCGAGCCUCGGGGAGACCAACAGGAAAAAUUAUUCGAGAGAUCCAGAGUAGUACUAUUGUGUUACACUGAUUUAGGUUCCAUACCCAUAUAGAAGUUUAAAAUAAUAAGGUGCACUGACACAAUUCAAUUAAACAACGCAGUUAAUAUUUGAGAUAUCUUGGGUAAAAUAACACUCAGCAGUGAUGCUGCUUCCAUUGAAUCAAACUUUCAGGACUCAAGGAUCGAUCCGCACAAAACCUCCCCGGUCGUAAUUUCCAUCAUCCAUAAGACGCGAAGCAUAGAUAUUCAUUCAUUUCCCACUUUCACAGAACCUUGACGAGAACUCCGUGUGCAAACUUGUACCCUUUACUAUUUCCUCACGCAUUAACCCCUUACACCCUAACUUGACUUGGCAUAUUCUCCACACUGCUCGCUAUACCUUUCCUAUGGUACGCACAGGGAGAAUUUGUCGAGCAAUCAUAACCUUCCUUAGUAGGGGACCUUUUACUUUAUUCUUGAGACGUGAAUGUUUAGUGAGAAGUGAUACUGAAAGGAAAAAAUUCAAUGCUAGUUGUUAGGGAUGAGAGAUUAAUGUAAGACCUCUCCACUUUUACAAGUCUCGGGAGUCUGGCGUAAUUGUUGCGUUCUCACUCGUAUCACCUGCAGGAAUAUAUUUUCACUGGCUGUAUGUUUCUCCUGGGAAUCUUUGUGUUUGCCACGGUUGUGGGCAACGUUGGUGACGUCAUUAGCAACAUGAAUGCGGCGAGAACUAAUUUUCAAGCGAGGUACGAAAUUCUUUAGUUCGCACUCUACGAUUGUAGGAGAGACGCGGUAGCGUGGUGUUUCAAGCAGAAGAGCCCAGACAAAAGGUCUCUGUUCGAGCCUUGGCUGGCUCAUCGUGUAGUGAUCGUGACACUUUUUUCUCUCAGAGCCUCUCCACAUUUAGGAGUGUAAAUGAGUAACGGUGAAUUGUCGUGAUGAUUUGUGAGGGGGUGACCCAUCCAGAAGGUCAGGAAUAGCAUCAUACUGAGCCGAAUCAUCUACUGAGACUCGGAUAAGCUCUAGUAAGAUUGAGUCGUUAAGAUUUCCCUUAACUCUGAAAAUGAUUUUUGUGUGUGUGUUAGGAUGGAUGCAAUCAAGCAGUACAUGGAGCAUCACAAUGUACCUCAUAUGCUACAAACUCGGGUCAAAAGAUGGGCUCAUUACGCAUGGAGCAGGUCUGUCACUAGAAAAGCACAUAGAAUCAAAACGUGUUUAAUUUUUCUGUUCUAUUUUCGAUGCUAGACACAUUGUCUUCACACAAACAAGACCAGUCACUUCAAGUUUAUUUUCUUCCUCACAGGACACAAGCUCUAGACGAAGGGGCGUCUUUGGAAAUGCUCCCUGAGAGAUUAAGAACUGAGAUAGCCAUUCAUGUGCAUCUAGACACGUUGCGAAAGGUACCAGUUAUGCCUUGGGUGGUUAACGUCUUAAACCCGCGCAUCAGUGUGUGUAUUCUCCAUUCUGAUCAUACUUUAGCUCUCUAGAGGUAGAUUGUGUUCAGGGAAAGGUGCUGACUCCCUUCGAAAACUAUUUGCGCAUGACAUUUUAUUUCGUGUUUCCAAACUUUUGUUUUUACCGCUCUCACAGGUGAAGAUCUUCAAGGACUGCGAACAAGGCCUGCUAUGUGAAUUGGUACUAAAACUUCGACCGCAAAUUUUUUCCCCUGGAGACUAUAUCUGUCGUUGUGGUGAAAUAGGUAAAAGAUUAUGGAACGUGUUUAGAUUCAAAUGUCUGGGAGCACUCGUAUUCAUACACCAGGGGGAGUAACAAUACUUAUCGUUACUUGGUGUUACAGAAUCUGGAAUAAGCUAAGGGGUCGAUCUUGUAUAUAUAUUGUGCCUCUAAUUGUAGAAUGAAAUUUAAGGAAAAUCUAUGGUCGGUAUUUAUGUAAUAUGUUUAAGAGGACUUUUGGGGGCUUAAUUACAGACUGAAUUCUUUAUUACCUGUAAUCUCUGUUGGUCCUUUUCCCACCAGGACGGGAAAUGUAUAUUAUCAACAACGGAAAAGUUGAGGUAAGGCAACGUUAAAAAUUCCUCAACCUGUAGUAUUGUGAUUGUUUUUGUAAUUUCAAACAUACUCAUGCGUGAAAUAAGAAACAACAAGGAACGUAAAUGACUGUGAAUAUAUGAAAAUCAUAUAUGUGAACUGCGGAUAAAGACGUGAAUUUGAAAGCGGUCUUCGCAGUAAUGAACACUAUUUGAGCAGUAGUGAAUUAAGGCCUGAAAAAAAAAAUUAGGCCUGUACGGGAUUUGAACCCAUGACCUCUGCGAUACCGCUGUAGUAACCUACCAAGAGAGCUAACAAGCCAACUGGGAGCUGAUCAUUAUGUUGGUUCCAAAUAAACCCGUGAAGUGACGAAUAAAUGACCGUGAAUAUAUGAAAAUCAUAUAUGUGACCUGCACUAGGCGUACAGGCUCUCUUGCAUUCAAGAGGUGGUCGGGCUGGUCAGCAAAACUUUUCAUUCAUUGCGCGGUACUGAAAAUUCUCUCAGAACCGAAGUUGCCAAUUUAAGAAAAAUCCUCAAUGGCCCACAGGGUAACGUGGCAUCUAAGACUGCUGCGUCAAUUGAAAUGCUUAACGGCCUUGAAAACCUUCAGCAAGGCUCAGAAUUAUACUGAUAUGACGCUCUUAACCUGCUGGGUUGCAUGGCACUCGCUGUGGGGAAUAUUCAUUCAGUUACGCAUCACAAAGAUCAACUUUUCACGGUGUUAGAUUACGUAAGAAACUUUGGAAAUGCAGCCAAAGAAAGUCUAAAGAGGGCAACCCAUUGGGCGGCGUACUAUUUUACAAAUCCAAAUGCUUGGUAUCCUGUAACCGAACGUGUCAUGAUCCUGUAAGCCAUACCAGUAAUUCAACCGUCACCACCUGUACCGAUGGCACCCCAGAGCAUACAGAAGAUGAAGGACUGGGCGUAAACAUUUGUUGCAGUGCGUUAGCGCUCUGUCAGACAGGAAACAACGAUGGCAAGAGUUUGAAUUCCUCAGUCGUACCUCCAUCAGAGAGAAAUUCAGCCAAGCGAACCGAUCAGCCUCGAACGCUCUGACUUCGAGGAGCAGCGAGAAAACAGUGGGAAACGAGACGAAGGGGAAGGUGGAGUAUUAGAGUACGAUUCCCCCAAGUGAUGAUGGGGACAUUCCAUCUUUAGAACGUGAGGCUGAUUUUCACCUCGGAAGAGGUUCCCGCUGAGGAAGAAGUAAUCGCUUCGACAGCAGAAUUGUGUCUGGUUAAUUUUAUUUCUCUUGUUACGGCACUAUGAGAUUGCCGUCACCUUUCGUGUGUUAUGCACUUUUUGACAUUGAUAUCCAUUUCUUUGAUACUGACCUGUCUCUAAUAAUAAUAGGUUUGCAUGUGAUCGAAGUUAAACGGAAGGAAGUCGUUACCGUGACUACGUACGUUUUUCGUGCAAACUUUUAAAACUUCUUGAAUGAACGAUAUCAUCAUUUUGGUAAAAAUAGAUAAACUUACGCCUUACAUUGACCAUAGACUUCAACGGAUCAAUGCUGGUUGAGACAAUCAUCACCCACCCAAAAGGCCCUCCUACGUUUAGGAAAUGGACCAAGACAACAUUUCAUGGUCGGGAUUGGGAUUAGUCAGUAUAAACCGUUGGGAUUACGGGGCUGAGAUAUAGUUUUAGUCGGGAUCGCGGAAUGGAAGAACUCUAUUGGGGACCCUCUAUUGAUGUUACACUGCUCUCCCGCCUCUCUCCAAUUCUCUCCUCUCUGGAAUUCUCAUUCUACAGUCUUUCUUCAUUACAGGUAGUAAUACCAGACUCAAACACUGGCGAGGAGGUUGUGGUAGCUUCCCUCACAGAGGGUAACUAUUUCGGGGAGAUAAGCCUGUUAAGACUCGACGCCGGUAAAAACAGGUUAAUGAAGAGUGAUCACUUUUAGUGGCACAAGCUUUAUCAUACCAUUAAUUUCUGACGCACCUAAAAGUUUAAAUGAAGUAGGUAAUUUUUUUUUUAACCAUAUAGACGCUCUGCCGAUGUGCGCUCAGUGGGUUACUCGGAAUUGUUGUGUCUCUCUCAAAAGGACCUAAUGGAGGUAAGAUCUCACUUCUUGUACUUUCUUUCAAUUCCUUCAUUUUCUCCUCCUUUUUAAGUGUUUAACAGUUAUUGGUUUGAACCUGGGAAUAACUAUCGAUCGUGUAGUGGAAUCGUCUGGUUUAGGGUAGUUUAUAAUCGGAGUGCCAUUGGUGACCGUACGUUAUGUUUCCACAAACUUAGUGGAAGUCAUCGUCAAAUCAAUGUAUUAAUCAAUUUUCACGAAUCAGACUUUUGAAACCGAUGACAAAAGAAUCCUCUCUUGGCUCUGGUGUUACGUAUAGCAGGUACUCUCGCCAAUAAGAGUAUUUUUCAUUUAAUAAAUAUUAAAGAAUAUAUUAUUUACAGGCCUUAGAGGAGUAUCCUGAAGCUAAAAAAGUGCUAGAAAGUCAAGGGCGGGACAGGUAAGAAACUAACUCUGUUCGGCGAGACAAGGGAUAAGUUUUGGACGAAAAUGUUUAAUUUUCUUUUUCUGUUUUUUUUGUUGUUGUUGUUGUUUUCUUUGUCCUCUGUUUGUUUGUUUUUACUUUUCCUCUCUGUUGUAAUCGGGAUUUAGCAUGAAAGAUAGAUGCGUUUUCCCUUGGAAACUUUUUAAAUUUUAAUCUUUAGUUAUAGUUUCACCUGUAGGCUUAAAAGUUUUCUCGUUCUAGAUUACAGAGGGCAAGGUCGAGUAACAAUCUCUCAAUACCCCAUCCUGAUUCAGAGAGAGAACAAUUUCGUAAUCUAGAAUUCAACUUCGGUAAGUGAUUUUUUUUAUAUCUAGCCAUAAUACUGUUUCGUGACUGGGGUAUGAUGCUUGUUGAGCAAAACGACGGCUGCGAAUGAGAUCACAUGAUAGAGUAUCGUAAAACCAAAACCAUAGUAUCAUCACCGGCCAAUCAGAACUAAGGGAAAUAUCGGAAGGAGCCAAUCAGAACUCAAAAUAAAAACAAGCCAACCCUCUGGAGCGCAGGAAAACGCGAGUAACCACGUUGUGGUUGGCUGAUAAAGUGGCGCGAGUUUUCUGGACCAAUCACAGAGCAAAGUAAAGCAAAACCAAUGCAAUCCAGGAUUGCGUUUGACAUUCAGUUGAAAUACCUUUACAUUAAGAGUAAGAGUAACUUGAGAAGGUCUACCCGUGGAAGAAAGACCUGUAAGUUGAAAUUUCCUCACAGGUGGGUUCUUUCCUCCAUAAUGGAGGGCAUUAUAGCUGAUGUGCUAAAAUGGUCGAAACUGGGUAAUUGGUGAUAAAAGUUUCAAUAUUGAAAAUAGUUUUGAGAGUUUACAAUGUAACAAUAAUACUAAUGUAUGUAAUGUGUUUUGAUAGCAAAAAUGAUUUCAUUCUCUGAUAAAACGUAUUAACUGCGAUUCUCGUAAAGUGUCUUUUGGAAUGACGAGAGAGGCAAGAGUGGCAAGUACUCAAGAAACAAUUCUUCUUUUUCAUUUCAAUCAUCCAUUUAUAGCGAGGGAAAUCAGCAUCGUCAAAGAACUCUUAGAGGAAAUUAAAGAAAGCAAAAAGGAGGUGGGUAAAAAUUUCUCGCACCUUUUUAUAAUACUGAAAUGAAAAAAAUGGAGCUACAGUUAACAGACGGACGGAGGGAUGGUGGGGCUUUUGUCGAGCUUUAAAUACAUUUGAAUCCUUCGCGAAGUUCGAUGAAUUUGUACAGCUGCCUAGAUGUGUCACUUACAGCUGAGACCUACUUAAAUGAAGAAUUUUAAACUCAUCCUUUGAGUGUUGACUGGUUGAUUUUUCAGUUCUAUAAAUGCGAGCCAGUAAGGAGUCUUAGAGAAGAGGUAUGCUGUUUCCUUCAAUGUGGUUCAUAGUCUCUCUAGCAAGCUUAAAUUGAUAUUACCCAAUUAUCAUUUCCUGAUUUACUCGCAAUUAAUGUACACAUGUAGUGGCCUUCACAAAAUCGAAAGUGCACGAUGGGAUUAUUUUCUGAAGCGCUUUGGGAGCAGUCAGCAGUUAGUCUACUGCACCUGAUGGAACGCUAUUCAUCGCAGGUACCAUCUCAGCAUUUCGUCAGAUUUCCUUGGCCGUUUGCCUGUACCCAUUUAUAAUCCUGGGUCGAGAAAUGCAAUGUGAUAAGAAGUGACUGGGGAUCUAACUUUGUCCCAGGCCUUUCGAUUAAAAGGCCACCGCGCCUCCUACAGAUUGCAUGAUGAGGUAAACAAAAGUAUUUCGACAAAUAAUCAGGGUUUAUUAUAAAUUACCCCAAAACUGAUUUGUUAAGUACUAAAUAGUAGCGUCAAAGCUGAGGGCGAGUGUAUCUCUGAUAUCGCAAUUACGGAGCCACACGCUUUCCCAUGGUGUGCAUUCUUUUGACAGAUGAUCGACUAAUGAAUGUGGAAGUAACGCUAAAGGGUCAUUAAAGCAAACUUCCUCUUCGUCCUUGUGUUUCCCUUGCCUCCAUUCCAUCCCUUGAAAAGAAAUUUAGUUGCUCUCUCGACUUUCCCGCUACUUCAAACAUCCAAGAUGGUGACAAAACUUUUCACAAAAAAAUAGUAAGCGUUCGCUUUUUGCUCUGCCGGCUCCUGUGUUUGCAUUGACAGUUAUGAAAUGUUUACCUAGCUUCUUUUGCGCUUUUCGAUGGCUGGUCGUUGUUCAUAUCUUUAUUUGCCGGUAGACUAGAAUUUAUAGUUAGCUAGAGGCAUGUCUGCCUGGUAAAAGUAACGAGGAACCGCUUUUUAUAACCUCGCUCGAUGAUUGGUGUAGAAAACUCGUGUCCCCUCUCAACCAAUCAUGUGCAUAGCUAUGACCAAUCUCGACCAGUUCAUUCGCGUUUUCCGUCGCACGCAGGCCCUAUGCCUUUGAAUUUUACUGAGUUAUCAUUUGCUUUGUGAUAUUCUUAUUUGUCCCGACUGGCUUUUGUGAUAACUUUGGAUUUCAUUUUAAGACACUGACGAAAAGCGCUCUAAAAUCAGGUUUGGUUUGGUUUUUAGUGCCUAAACUUGAGGGUUCAAAUAGAGACGCAAAUGGAGGAAAUAGAAGAAAUUAAACAACAGCUCGCACUGCGAAGUAGAUCACCAAAUGACGAAAAGAGCCGAAAAAGGUCAAGUGCAGAAGCAAAGACUGCGAGAAGACUGAUCGAUAAAGUUAUUUCAGCCGCAAAAGUAGCUGCGUCACAUAAUUCUACUAAAACCUUUCAAGAAAGGGAUGUUGAGAGUAAGAGUCAACUUAUAACAAGUGAAAGUGAAUUGCGGCAAAGAGAGGGAAUUGCUCGAGACGAUGUCCCUGAUAUAUUCGUAGAGAAUGAUAUCGACGGAAGGUGUUAUCUUGGACCGCGUAGAAGAUCAUUAUUUGAUAACAAUAACAAUGAUGAAGUUGUGCAUGAUGUGACUUUCAAGACAUAAAGUAGGCCUUUCACGAGACGUCUCAAAGCAUUAGUUUCAAAACUAGAGCGAUUUUGAAGCCUUUAAGGUUUAGCGCGGGGUGUUAUUUUGAGAGUGACAUGUUUUAGAACACGGAAAUGUCCCAUAAGACAGCCGAAGAUUCGACGCUUUCGAUGGAGAUAUCGAGGAGAUCGCGAAAUAGACUUAAAUGAUUAAAAUCUCUUCACGGAUUAGAGAGAAGUUGCUACAGUAAAUUUAGUCGAGCUUACAAAAAACGUUAAUUUGGCAGAGAUGUCUCCUUCAGAGUGCACCAGUAGUUCAUAAAUGGGCCAAAUGGAAACCGCGAAUAUUUGCAAAUUGACUAGUUGGUAUGAAUACACUGUAAGCUAUUUUUCCCGAAUGACGAACGCCACCAUGCUAGAUUUUUCGCCUUUUAAUCACUUCUUGUUUGCAGACAGAUUUGGUUUUGUUGUAAUUGUUUUUGUAUCAGACAUAAACACAAGUGGGAGGGUAAAAACGUGUGAAAACAAAAAAAAUAAUGACGAUAUGAAAGCGUUGAUUUUGAUCCGUGGUAAGCGUUUUACAACACGAAAAUAAAUAAUCUAGAAAAAACAAACUUAAAUCGUCAAUUUGGAUAACAGUGGAAUGCAGCAACAAUAAGGGCGCAGGAGAGAUUAGUGAACCUAUUCCUGUCUGAGUUAGGCAACAUAUAAUAAAUCACAUAUUUGGACAUCAUGUGCCAUAAAGGCUAAAGGUUACCACUGAAAGUCAUCAAAUCUAGCCAACAAAAAUCUAAUUUGUUCAGACAACUCGUGUAGUACUUGAGCAUGCGACGGAACUCAAAUUUUGAGCCUGUCUUCUUGAAGAUGAGUUUGAAUUAUCAAACGAGGAAUAACUCACCAUAUAUUUAGCUCGUAAUGCGCUUUGUGGUAAUCUUGAACUGACUGAGGCAGACAUUAGGAAUCAUAACCCAGUUUUUAAGACAUUUUACCCAACUUUUUCAAUUAAAAGACUACGUCUCGGUUGGUAAGUUUACCUUUUGACGAUAGAUGCGCCUGUUUGACUAAUACGCAAGUCAGUAUUGCUUUGAAGGUCAAUGACAAGAAAGCUGUAAUUUUAGGAUCAUCUGGUGGCUAAAAUUAUCUGAGAGCCAUUGAUCUCCUACUUCCAAUUAUUGAAUUUUAAUACACCUUAACUGGGACUAAAAAACUCCGC